CCAUAACAAUAGAUGAAAGAGCUCGGAAUCAAUUGUCGGGACUGUUAUCAGUUCUUGAACACACUCCGCCAAACGACCAGUCGCUUGACGGGUCAACCUCAUCUACGCGUUCCACCUCCAAAUUAGGCAUCAACAAAACUUCAAAAUGGCAAAUUCAACCCCCAACCCAAACAGACUGAGCAGAGCCGCCCAAUGGCUAGUCCGCGAACUCGGCCUGCACACCAUGCGCCACGCGGGGAGAGACGUGUACAUUUUGAUCCUCACGCGCUACCUGCGCAUGUACGCUUACGGCACCGUCGCGCUGAUCCUGGCCGUCUACCUGCGCGCACAGGGGCUCUCGGAUGCGCAGAUCGGGUUCUUCAUGACGCUGACGCUGCUGGGCGACGUGGUGGUGUCGCUGCUGCUCACGCUGGUUGCGGAUGCGUUGGGGCGCCGCAGGACGCUGAUGCUAGGGGCGCUGGGGAUGGCGGUAUCGGGGGGCGUGUUUGCGCUCGAGAGUAGGUAUGAGGUGCUGUUGGCGGCAGCGGUGGUGGGGGUUAUUAGUCCGAGUGGGAAUGAGAUUGGCCCGUUUCGGGCGGUGGAGGAGAGUACGCUUGCACAGCUUGUGGGGGAGGAGGGGAGGGCGGAUGUUUUCACAUGGUACGUUGCCUUCGCCGUCCUGGGCACAUCGACUGGUCUGAUCGUUGGCGGUCAGGCCAUCGAUGCGCUUUCAGCAAGGCAAGGCUGGACAGAACUCGAUGCCUACCGCGCAGUCUUUUGGAUCUACACUAUCGUUGGCUUGACCAAAGCUGUGUGUACGCUCUUUCUGAGCCAGGAUUGCGAGCAUCAGAAGCGCUCCAAACCAGCCAGCGGAGAGGGAGAAACAGAGCCUCUAUUGCCCUCUCAAGACAACAAUACACUCUCUACUUCGACUGGCAACGGAUUUACUCAAGACCCCGAGACCAAAGCCAAGAAGACGAGAUGGAACCCGUUCACUUCAAUCUCUCCCAAGAGCCGGGCGAUCCUGUUCAAGCUAUGCAGUCUCUUCUUCCUUGACUCGCUAGGCUCAGGAAUGGUCCCCUUCUCACUAAUCAACUACUACCUGGACCGUAAGUUUCAACUACCAAAAGGGAAACUAGGCGGCAUAAUGAGCGCUACAUGGUUCCUCUCCACACUGAGCAACGUCUUCUCGGCCUCGGUGUCCCGCCGCCUCGGUCUGAUACCCGCAAUGGUGUGCACCCACCUCCCGUCCUCGCUGUUCCUCGGCGCGCUCCCCUUCGCGCCCACGCUCGGCCUGACAAUCCUGCUCCUCAUCGGCCGCAGCAUGAUGAGCUCCAUGGACCAAGCGCCGCGCUCGGCGUUCCUGAGCAUGGUCGUGCUGCCCGAGGAGCGCACAGCGGUCAUGGGAAUUGUGAAUAUUGCGAAAACGCUGAGUCAGAGCGCCGGGCCGUGGGUCACGGGAGUGCUGGCUGGGAAGGGGAGGUUCUGGGUUGCGUUUGUGGCGGCGGGAGCGCUGAAGGCGACGUAUGAUGUUCUGCUUUUGACAAUGUUUGGGGGAAGGGUACAUGCUCGGAAGGCGGAACACGAGGAUGCUGUGGACCCUGCCCGGUCUGGUGGGGACAGUGCAGAAGUGUCUGUGGACUCAAGUACAGAGCAUGUGGAUGGAGAGCGUCAGUCUGUGAGGUAAAAGGUUUUUCAGAAAUACGCUUGUUGAGGUGUUGAAACCUGACGUCUCUGUGUAUCUAAGUCUAUGGUAUCUUGU